AUGAGGAGGGUUAAGUUUGAUACUUUGCAUCAAAGUGGCUCAAAAGGAAUCUCAAGGAUAAUUGAGGCGUUGAAUUCUUCAUUACGAGAUCUGAUGAAAAAUGAUGAAGCGAUACGUAAAGAAUACGAAUCACUAAACAUGUGGCUUAACGCUGAUGUUCCUGAAAAAGUGAAAAAUAAGAGAUUAAAGGUUAAUGAUAAAGAUAGUCGAGCUAUUUUCAAGAAAGAAAGUGAAGAAGUACAAGCAGUUCUUACAAAUGAUAAAGAAUCGCAGAAAAGUGACGAAGAACAAGCAGUUUCUACAAAUGAUAAAAAAUCGCAGGAAAUAGAUAUACGAAAUUGGGAACAAGGUUCGUAUGUUGAAUCAAUUUUAGAACACGUUGAGAGGGCACUCUUUAGGUUCCUUAUAUUCUUAAAUCCUUCAAAACUGAAGCAAGAAAUCACCAUGCGCACGGGAAUAACGCAAAUUGAAGGAAGGUGGUGCGACGAAAAACUUCAAAGACUGUCGACUUUGUCAUUAGAAUUAGUCGAUUGCCUUGAAAAGGAUGACAGAAAUAGAACUCGUAGAGUUGGUUAUUUUGCUCUUGAUAUUGUAAAUAAACUCAAGUCAACAGAUGAAGGACAUCUAAGUCAAAUUGUGCGACUAGCUGUUGAUGAAGAAAAGGCAUUUGUAAAUAUUUGGAAAUCUUUAGUAACCCGAAAGGACGAGAGUGCAAGGAUUCAAAAGUUUAUUUCUCUGAUGAAUGUCUGUUUUGAUAUGACCGAGAGUGGAACAAUUUGA